GGUUGCGAAACAGAAAUCUAAGAAAUAUGGGAAAAUCAACGGGUUUGCUGCUCCUUUGCCUAUACUUAACGCUCCAGCAGCUUAUCGUCGCGCAUCCCCUGCCGAGCGAUAUUACGGCCCAGACGGCGGUGGACAACACAAAAGUAAAUACUACUAACUCAAGCGAGGCGAAUUUCAUCAAAGCGCUUGAGCCGGUGAUUGUGGCAACACUCGAUGGCGUGGAAAAAUACUUCGACACGCUCCAAACGGAGACUGCGCGUUUUGUCGAUGGCGUGCUUAAAUCGCUGAUAGCGCUGCCCGAGGAUAACGACUAUAUACGAGAGCUUACACCACGCUUGACGAGCUUAUUGGCGCGUUUGAAGGAUACCUCCUUGGAAAGCAGAUCAGCACUAAUACGCGACAUCGGCGAUUUGUAUGCAGAAUUUGACAACAUAGCCGAGCGCAAAGACGAUGACAUUAAGGUUGACGUCUUGAGUAAAGUGCUUGAUAAAUUCCAAUUGCUCGAAAUGCAUUUUCAUGUGCGCAACGCUGUUGAUAAUGCGGUGCGGAGGUUCAGCAGAGCCUUUGAACAGUUUUGGGCUUCGCUAAGCGAGGCUCAGCAGACGGAGCACCGGCAUCUGAGUGAUUUGUAUGAGCAUCUUAAAACCAGUAAAACUAAUGAGGAAAAGUUGAAAGGCAUUGAAGAGUUUCUGCAGAUGGCUCUGGAAUUUGCUUGAGUUGAUACCGCGAUAAAUGAACGUUAAUCUGCCGAGUGUUGCAAGCAAGAUGCCUAGUUUUUUAAGUUAUGUAAGUGCUUUUUUAGUGGUUUUAAGUUUAAAAAAGUUUGGUAGAAGUUCAGUUUAGAUUUUCUCUACGACUGUGCAUAAAGUUUUCGUAGAAACCUAAAACAUAAAUUUCCAUUUAGUCUUGUCAUUCGACUUAACUUUAUAGCGACAAGUUAAACUGUAAAUGCACGUCCGAAGGUUAAAUAAUAAAGAAACAGCAACAACUUUGAUAAGCUGUAACAGGAUGUAAAACAAAUCAAAAAAAAAAAAAUUCAUUGUUUAAGCAAUUUUAAUGAAUUAUAAAUUUUUUAAAAAGUUUAUGAGGAAUUUCGGCGGUCAAAAAAUUAGUGGUGUAACAUAUGAAACACGAAAUUUCGAUAGAAGGAUUUUUUUUUUUUUUCAAAUUAUCAAAUGUCUCUUUAUGAAAUUAGUAUUUAGUUGCGUGACCUUUAUUUUUUUAGUGUUGCAAGACAGCGUCGUGGCAUUGAGUCAACCAGUUUUUGGCGUCUAUCGAUGGAAAUAAACUCUCAUGCGUCCUUCACAGCAUUCCAUAGUUGCGUGGUCGAUGACGGCUUACAUCGGGCUACUGAUCCCUUGAUGUCGGUUCGCAAAUUUUCGUUGGGAUUGCUGUCAGGGGACUGUAACAGCAAUUCUUUUACCUUGACAUUCCUUUCCUAAAAACAAUUUUUUUGCAGUUUUAUUUGUGUGCUUGGGAUCGCUGUCCUGCUGGAGCGUCCAAACAAGCGGCAUUUCUUCACUAGCAUACGACAGCAUGAUUUUCUGCACUAUUUCGACAUACGAAUCUCCAGUCAUAUUUCCAAUAAUUGGAUCCUACGCUUUGCCAAGAAAAGCAAGCCCAAACCAUGAUUCCCGCAUCUCCAUGUUUUACCAUUUUUUUGUUGUAUAUUUCGGCUAUUAUUCGGUAUUGAGUGGACGUCUUACCCAAUCACGCUAUACUCUUCCCUCCAUACUUAACAAUCUUCGAUUCGUCUGAUCAUAAAAUGUGCCGCCAUUUUGUCCAAGACCAAUUUAAAAGUUCUUUGGCGAAUCGAAUUCUUCGUUCAACAUACGUUUUAGACAAUAACGGCACUUUUCUUGGACUGUUGACACUCAAUACUUGCAGCUACAUGAAAGGCUUCUUUUCUCUGUAGCAGCCGCAAAUGAAAUCUGCUUUGACAAUGAAAUUGAUUUCUCUCGCUCACAUUGCUGACUUCUUUCCACUGCGUACUUGGUAGUGUCACGUAACAUUGUGAGUGAGCAACUAAUAAUAUUGGGUAAUUAACUGAGAGAGUCUUUUCGUAUUUUGUCAAAAGAUGUCGUUGCGGUCGUAUAUCUCCAUGCUACGAAUCACAUUGUGUCAUACCAUAUUCUGUA